AUGCCUACAGUGGAUGAGUGUCUUGCAAAACUUGCUGGUGCAACCGUUUUCAGCCAUCUAGACGCACGAGCAGGAUACUGGCAGGUUCCCCUGGCCAAGGACUCUCGUGAAUACACCACCUUCAUCACACCAGUUGGGAGGUUCCAGUUCCUGAGGCUUCCGUUUGGGAUCUCCACGGCACCGGAGUUCUACCAACGAGAGAUGCUCCGCAUACUCGAAGGACUAGACGGUGUGAGCUGUCUGCAAGACGACAUCAUAAUCUCAGGAAAGACAAAUGAGGAACAUGACACCAACCUACGGGUGGUGCUGAAGAAGCUGGAAGAUGCAGGUGUUACUCUCAACACCGACAACGGAUCUUCUCUCACGGAAGCCGUUAAAGAGCCAGCCAACGAAGAUGAGAGAAAGCUCGAGGCUGCGGUGCACGAGUUCGAAGAGUUGGUGCUUGAACAGCUCCCUGCUUCAAAUCACCUGCUCAACAGAAUCAGAACUAGCAUCCAGACAGACAAAACACUCUUCAAGGUAGCCACUUUCUGCACGACGUCUUGGCCAACGGUGCAUGGGCUGUCCCCUGACCUGAAACGCUAUGUCGAGGUGGCGAGUGAAAUUUCACUCGUUGAUGGUCUGCUCUUCAAAGGUGACAGAAUAAUCAUCCCACCAGACAUGAGGGUCGAAGUUCUCGAAAAACUCCAUGCAGGCCACUUGGGCACAACAAGGUGUCGAGCAAGGGCAAGAGAAAGUGUAUGGUGGCCAAGCAUAGGGAAGCAUAUCGAAGACUUCGUGGACAGAUGUCCAACCUGUAAGGAGCACAGAAAGCCAGGAACCGAGCCCCUGCUUCUAACUCCAUUGCCCGCCCACCCUUGGGAAACGGUCGGCAUCGAUCUCUUCACGCUGGAGGGGAAGGAGUAUGUCGUGGUAGUGGAUUACUACUCCCGAUUUAUCGAGCUGGAGCAGCUGAAGAGAACAACUACAAAAGACAUCGCCCAAGUCCUGGAACCAAUAUUUGCACGAUUUGGUGUUCCGACGACAGUACGCACAGACAAUGGUGCGCAGUUCACUUCUGCGGAAUUCAAGGAACUGGUGCAGCGCUGGGGAGCCACACACACGACCUCAAGCCCUUACUAUGCGCAGAGCAACGGUAUGGCUGAGAGAGCCGUGCAGACAGCAAAGCAGCUUCUGAGGAAGACCUCGAACAUAAACGAAGCCCUGCUUUCCUACAGAGCCUCACCUGGCGUGGAAGGGUUUUCACCGGGAGAACUACUAAUGGGCCGUCGCCUAAACACCACAAUACCAACCACUCCGAGAAUGCUAGCCCCAAAGUGGGAUGACAGCGAGUUCAAAAAAAAAGAACGAAGCCUAUAG